AUGGCCGAGCCUCCCGCGGAGCAGUCGCCCCAGGCUGUCCCGUGGGAAGGGCAGGAGCCGAGCCCUGGAGAGCCCGUGCAAAGCGCCGACCGUGCUGAGCCGUCUGAUUCCUCCCCAGGCUAUGAACGUGGGCAUGGCCCCUACCAGCCACAUGAGCCAGGCUAUGGUCUCUAUCAGCCAGGGUACAGUCCCUAUGAUCAUCAGAUACCCGAGAGCAAGUCCCGAAUGCUGGCAAUCCAGAAUGCAAAAGCCUAUUUGCUGAAGAGCAGCACAACAUCUGGCCUGAACUUAUACGAUCAUCUUGCUAAUAUGCUAACAAAGGUCCUGGAUGAGCAACCCACAAAUGCAGUAGACAUAAUUGAGAAUAUCAGCAAUGAUGUGAAGUGGGCUCAGUUUCAGACAAAAAUGGACACUCUUCGAGAUGAACAUAAGGUUCUUCCAACAUUUGAAGCUUCAGAAAACCUUAAAGCUUUGUUCCUCAAGACAAAUGGAGAAGGAGAAGAACAACUAGAAGAAGAGAUUGAAGAAACCCCUCUACCUAAUGUGAUGGAAACAGCCUUUUAUUUUGAACAGGCUGGAAUUGGCUUGAGCAAAGGUGAAACCUAUCACAUAUUCCUUGCCCUUAAAAAACUAAUUAGUGUUCAACCAAUCCAGACCUGUCGUUUCUGGGGCAAAAUUUUAGGCCUGGAGAGCAACUAUAUUAUAGCUCAAGUACAGUACCAAGAGGGGGAAGAGGAGGAGGAAGCAGAAGAGGAAGAAGUUGCUGAGGAAACAGGGGAAGAGGUGGGUGAGGUUGAAGACAAAGAUGAGGAGAAAGAAGAUGAACCACCAAAGUCCACCUAUAAGCCUCCACCUGUCAUCCCAAAAGAAGAAAAUGGGACUGGGACUAAUAAAUAUGUCUACUUUGUCUGUAAUGAGCCAGGCAAACCCUGGGUGAAGUUGCCUCCAGUGACACCAGCCCAGAUUGUCUGUGCCAGGAGAAUCAAGAAGUUCUUCACUGGUAGGCUGGAUGCUCCUAUUGUGAGCUUUCCUCCUUUCCCUGGAAAUGAGGCCAAUUACCUGCGUGCACAGAUAGCUCGGAUCUCAGCGGGAACCCAGAUCUCUCCCAUUGGAUUUUACCAGUUUCCAGAGGAAGAAGGAGAUGAAGAGGAGGAGGAGGAAGGAGGAAGAGAUACAUAUGAAGAAAACCCUGAUUUUGAGCCUCUUUCUGUGGCUGAAUUGGUGGAUUCUGGCUCCUCGUGGGUACACCAUGUACAGAGUAUUCUUGAGCAGGGUCGCUGUGUUUGGUUUGAUCCUUUUCAAAAAUCAGAGGAAGAAGGAGAAGAAGAAGAAGAAGAGGAAGAGGAUGAGAAAGCAGAUGAGCCGGAUGAACUACAGCAAGAAAUAGGACCUCCUCUUCUCACUCCACUCUCUGAAGAUGAAGGAUUUCCAAACAUCCCUGCAUGGACAGCUCAGCCUUCUACAAACCUGAUCCCGCAAUAUGCUGUUGCAAUCCUCCAGUCUAACCGAUGGCCAGGAGCAUACGCCUUUGCCUCUGGCAAGAAAUUUGAUAACAUUUACUUUGGCUGGGGUCACAAAUACAGUCCAGAGAACCACAAUCCCACUCUGCCUCCCCCAGUGCAAGCAGAAUAUCCCAGCGGGCCAGAUACCACUGAGGCAAGCGACCCCACCCUGGAAGAGGAAAGGGCUUUCAACGCUGCGAAGGAAGAAGCCUUAGCUGCAGCUGAGGAAGAGGAAGAAGAGGCUGAAGAAGAGGAAGAGGACGAGGAUGAUUAA